CUUGUACAAUCAUUACUGCUCUGUCAAUGCGGCGUUUUCGUGUGGGAUUACUGUCGCGGGCCAUCUCAGUGCUGCACUACUGAUCACUUGCCCGGGAGUGCAUAAGUAAUGUUAUCACCAGCAGAGCAGUGUGUAUAUGAAGAGCAUGGACCGCGGAGAUUUCGGGACGGAUUGCAGCCUAGGUAUAUAGUCUGCCGACCAGCACCGUCACUAACCCUCAAUAUACCGCUCUCAUGAUCUCGUCUCUGCAGCUCGCGCUUGCGGCAGCCCUCACAUGGAGCCUAUGGAGGCUUCUUCGUAACUUUGUCAUUCGUUCACCCCUCGACAACAUACCGGGUCCAGAACGCCCCUCCUUCUGGACAGGGCAUGUCAAAGACCUGUUCGGUCGUCACGGCUGGGACUUCCACGACAGGCUCGCCCGGCAGUACGGAUCUGUUUCGAAAGUGUACUCAACGCUGGGAACUCCGGGCCUAUAUGUCUACGACCCCAAGGCCCUGAAUAGUAUCGUGGUCAAGGAUCAGCACACGUAUGAAGAGACAUCGUGGUUUAUCAAGUGGAACCACAUGAUACUUGGGCCGACGCUGUUUGCGACGCUAGGCGAGCACCACCGCAAGCAACGCAAGAUGCUCAACCCCGUUUUCUCCAUCGUGCACAUGCGCUAUAUGACGCCAAUCUUCUACAGCGUCGUCCAUCGCCUUCGGGGCGCCAUCUCUACAAAGAUCGACAGCGCCUCUGGGGAAAUCAAUCUCAUCGAGUGGAUGGCUCGCACUGCGCUUGAGCUCAUCGGGCAAGGCGGCCUCGGAUACUCGUUCGAUCCGCUUGUGUCUGACUUCAACAAUGAGUUCGGCGCCGCUCUCAAAGAGUUUGCGCCUAUGACAUUUGCGAUGCAAAUCUGGCGCAUGCUGACGCCGUACUAUACGUCCUACAUUCCCCUUGCGAUCCGCCGGCAAAUCAUUAGAUGGGCGCCGCACAAGAAAGCGCAGAAGAUGCGCGCAAUUUCAGAGACAAUGGCAGCUCACUCCAGGAUGAUAUACGAGGGAAAGGUAGCCGCACUGGCCCAAGGUGACGAUGCCGUCGUACGCCAGAUUGGCGAGGGAAAGGACAUCAUCAGCAUUCUCAUCCGAGCGAACAUGGAUGCUUCUGAGGAAGACAGGUUGCCCGAAGAGGAGAUAAUUGCCCAGAUGUCUGGGCUGGUUUUGGCCGCCACUGACACAACAUCCAAUGCCCUCGCGCGAACGCUUCAUCUCUUGUCCGAGCACCAAGAUGUCCAGGACAAGGUUCGCGCAGAACUCGUGCAGGCGAGCCCCGACGGCGAAGAUAUUCCGCACGACCAGCUCGUCGGCCUCCCCUACCUCGAUGCGGUUUGUCGUGAAUCAUUGCGCCUGCACCCACCUGUUAGCUUUCUCUCUCGCGAGACGCGUGAGGAUAUCGUCAUGCCGCUGUCAGAACCCUUGCAGGGCCUCGACGGCACGCCCGUCGGCGAGAUUUUUGUGCCAAAAGACACCCCAAUAUUUGUCUCCAUCCGGGGCUGCAACCGGAACCCGGCGAUUUGGGGCGAGGACGCGCUGGAGUGGAAGCCAGAGCGCUGGCUAGCGCCGCUUCCCAAGGCACUCAGCGAGGCGCAUGUGCCUGGUAUCUAUGCGAACCUUAUGACAUUCCUCGGUGGUGGAAGGGCUUGUAUUGGCCUCAAGUUCUCUCAACUGGAAAUGAAGGUCGUGCUGGCCAUCAUGCUACGAUCCUUCCGCUUCCUUCCCAGCGAUAAGGAAAUUUAUUGGAACCUUGCUGGAGUCAAUUAUCCUACGGUUGGUAGGGAUGGUAUAAAAGCCGAGAUGCCGAUGAAGGUAGAGGCCAUUCAUGCCUGAAUUCUCCCUGUAAUCGCUUGUCGUUUGUUUAUCCGACAUUCUUGCAUUCAUCUCUCUUUCCGAGU